CGGGGCCAACGCAAAUCGCCCACGAAUGUCAUGUAGUGAUGUAGGGUGCGGUUUGUUCGUGCUGAGAGACGAGGCAGCCGGCGAGAACACUGGGAUCAUACAGACCUGCCAGCGUAUUCUUGAAAUCUUAUUUACUGCAGAACUGAAAAAUAUCUUCUCACGUUCUGAGGAUCAAAAUGUUAGACAAAACAAGCAGCCAGUUCGGCUCCUUCCUGUUUUGGAGGCAGCCCAUCCCAUCACUGGACCUGUCGGAGUUAGAAGACCUUGGCAUUUCUAUGGCCAAGUCAAAGGACGGGAAGAACUCCUCAAAACGUCCAGCACAGGAGGAGGAAGAUUUGGAGUUACUGAAGUACUCCACAUUUAACUACUGGAAGGAGCCCAUUGCUACCAUCGAUACCUUAGAUUUCAGUCUGCUGUUAUAAGACACUUUGAUGAUCAGUUCUGUCGUUUAAACCACUGUGGUCACACCGAUUCUGCUUCUGAUAUUGAUGAAUUGAUUAUGAGAUUUAUGUAUCUUUAUUAUGCCUCACUUGUUUAGCAAUGUCAGUACAACUGUGAAGACUUUGUUCUUACAUGUGCUACAACAUUUAUGGCAUUACUGAUGUAUUCGUUGCAGAUAACAAAAGACAACAUUAAAUAGCUAGUAUUUCACUGCCGGAUGUUAUGUUAGUGUUUGCUUAACUGGUCAUGCACAUAACAUCUCCAAAUUUAUAAAGGUGCACGUAAAAGGCAUGACAAAAAUCUGAAAAUGCUUUACGUAUUAAGUUAUUGUCUGCUAAAGCAGUUCGUGUUAAAGCAAGAUCUUGCUAAUUCGAUGUUGGAAUCUAACUAAAAGGUUUUUGUACUAAACAAAUGUCCAUAUGAAAUCAAGAUCAAAUGCUUUACUGUUUGCCAUCAUUAUGUCAGAUGCCAAUUAAAUUAAGAUUGCUGCUAAAUGAAUAUUGGAAAAAAAAAACAUCAGUGUGUUAAGUGUCUUUAUUU